UUUACUUUUUUGUUUUCCAAGUUCUUCCUCACCCGGUCGUCCGGUCACUCCAUCCAUCCCACCGUUUUUAUAUCCACCUCCUCUUUCUCAUCAUCUCUCCCCCUUCCCUCACAAAUUGAAAGGAGAAAAGGAAAUGGCAGUUGAUCUAAUGAGCUUCCGGAAGAUCGACGAUCAGAUGGCGAUACAGGAAGCAGCGAAUCAAGGCUUGCAGAGCAUGGAGAGCCUGAUCCGCGCCAUGUCUCGUCACCACCACCAACACUCCAGUUCCAACAUCCACUCCACCGCCGGCGACUGUACGGACCUCACCGAGGCCACCGUCUCCAGAUUCAAGAAAGUCAUCUCCCUCCUCAACCGCACCGGCCACGCCCGCUUCCGCCGCGCUCCCCUGCUCCAUCCCCGUCCUCACUCCCCUCCCUCGGCCGCCGCCGAGCCGCCUCCAGCUCAAUCGUGCGGCAAACAUCGCGUCGUUGCAGCUCCGGUGGUGCCGGCGGUCGUUCAAUUGACGCCGCCUCCUACUCCGAUUCAACCGGUGGCGGCCUCGAUUCCGGCGCCAUCGAGCUUCGCGCAGUCGCAGAGCUUGACUCUCGAUUUCACGAAACCUUAACAUUUUCGGCUCGAAUUCCAAGAGCGUCGAGCUGGAAUUCACCAAGGACAGCUUCAGCGGGUCGUCCAAUUCCUCGUUUAUCUCCUCCGCAAUUACCGGCGGCGGUGAGGGAAGCGUCUCGAACGGGAAGCUAGGGUCGUCGAUCUUCCUGUCCCCGCCGCCGACGGUUUCCGCCGCGAAGCCGCCUCUCUCGUACGGCAAGAAGAGGUGCCGCGAGCACGAUCGCUCCGAAGAUCUCUCCGGCAGAUUCUCCGGCUCGACCACCACCAGCGGCAACUGCCAUUGCUCCAAGAGGCGGUCAACGGAAGGCAGGGGCCGUGAAAAAAAAGGGAUUAAUUGGACCAAGCACGCGAAAAACCGGGUGAAGAAAACGAUUCGGGUCCCGGCGAUUAGUUCGAAGAUCGCUGAUAUCCCGCCGGACGAGCAUUCCUGGAGAAAGUACGGUCAAAAGCCGAUCAAGGGCUCACCUUACCCAAGGGGAUAUUACAAGUGCAGCACGAUGCGGGGGUGUCCGGCGAGGAAGCACGUAGAGAGGGCGACCGACGAUCCGUCGAUGCUGAUCGUAACCUACGAAGGCGAGCACCGCCACGCGCAGCCGCCGGCGGUGGUGGCUGCUUCUCACGGCGGAGCAGGACUGGUGUUUGAGUCAACGUGAGUAACAGAGCUAAGAUUUUUAAUGUUAGGUUAGGAAGGUAGUUUGGAAAUGAAACGGCAAGAUGACAAAAGAAGAUGGAGAUGAAAGGGAAAGAUAUUGAUGGAGGUGGGAGGUUGUUGAAUUGGAUGUACAUUGAGUUUCUCCUUAUUGGUUCUUGUGGCGGAGAGAGAUGAAUCUGGCAAAGCAUUGCAAUUUGCAGACUAAUCAAAUACAUAACAAGCACUAAACUUUGUCUUAAUAGAGACCACGAAUGAUACUUAACCCAAGGA